AUGCUUGAGGUUAUUGGAGUUGGUGGGAGUGUUUCAUAUUUGCCAACCGGCCUCACUGAAUCUCAGGCAGACUACUCUCUUGCAUACCCAACAAAUACAAUCUCUUCACUAGCUAGGGCAGACCAUAUUGAUGACGUUAGCAAAUUUCAUGGUGGUGCUGCUAAUUGUGAUGCCCUAAGCAGAGAUUUGGACAAUGUGCAAGCAUUCACUAAACAAGUGUUGGGAUCAUAUGUUGUUUAUAACGAAGAGAGGACAACGGCAUAUGUUGAAUUUGAUGAGAGUCAUUAUACCUCAACAAGGCCUCAAUGA